AUGAAAACCCUUAAGGAAAUUUUUGAGGACAGUGGGGCAGCGAGUGCACCAUAUAACACAGCACUGAAAGUCCAAAUUUGUGGCUUAGGACAAACCUCUUCCUACAAAAAUGCAAGUGGGGAGCAAAGGCAAUCCCUGACCAUGGGGAUUGCUGACAGAACAAUGGCAGCAAAAGGAAUUUUGUACGAUGUGUCAAAGGCCAGUUCGCUGAAAGUGGGGAGCACCGUGAUGCUUCUCAAUGUCAUCGUUAAGAAGGAAAGUAGAAGCAUUGUGAUGACCAACAGAUCUAAACUUCUAAAGACUGGCCCCUUUACAGAGGCACUACCAGCUCAGAUAGUACAGCAAGGUCUGCAACUUGCCUGUCCUCCACCAGCUGAAUUGGUGGCCAUCAACAAGAUCAAAACAUCCCCCGUCAAGACCAUGGUGUCCAUCAGAGGGCAGGUGGUGUCUGAGGAAAUGGAAAGGACUGUCAAAGUUAGUGGAGAAGACACAGCUGUAAGAAGUUUUAAAAUCAAAGAUGACACAGCUUCCUGCAAAGUAUCUCUUUGGAGAGACCUAAGCAAAACAAAAACAGCAGUGGGGAGUCACUUUGAAAUUACGAAUGUCAUUGUGCAGGUGUACAAUGACGAAAAGUCGGUGUCCACCACAUCAAGGACCAAGUUGCUGCCAAUUACUGCCCCAGAUGUGAAGAAGAGAGUUGCAUUCAUAGCCUUUGAGGUGGUAGACAAUGGAUUCUUUUCCCUAACAGGAGAUCUGGAUGAUGGAGAUUAUCCCGAGUUUCUGAUCAAGACUGGCCUCCUUGCGAAAGCUCUUCAAUGCCAGCCAAAAGAAGUGGAAGUUCGCUUGUUGUCAAAACUGCCACUUAAAGCAGAUAUAAUUAUCAAAGAAAAAGAGGUCAAAGAGAUCCAGAUUCAGCCUCAGUAA